AUGUCCAUGUAUAGAUUUGUGAAAGAAGGCAGCAGUAAGCGCCUCUUCGUUCAAGGAACCCUCGAAGGGGACGAGAAGCCGUUAAAGUCCAGUUUAAAGAAACCACAAUCAGAAGUCGGUUCACCUAUAACAACAAGUUUGAACUUGCCAUCUGUUCCGAGAAGUCUUCGAGAGAGUUUGACGAGACACGAGACCGUGUAUGACGGGAAUUACCCAGGCGUAGAACGUUACCGUUCAGGGUCAUACAAUGGCAGGAUCGUCCACGAGGGAAACCAGACGCACUUCGAAUAUGAUGGUGAAAGCGCGCUCGCGGUGCCCACUUCAGCGGGUGGAAGGGGUAUAUCGGAAAUGCAGGCGAUUCACACGAACAAACGUUUGUCGACCGAGGUCCUAGGCUCCUCGCUGGAGUCUACGAAGAUCUCGAAGAAAGAUGACAGUGGGCAGAGGAGGAUUACGACGAGGAUUGUCAGGAAGGUGACGACGCUGACGAGGGGAGAAGAAAAAUCAUCGAUGGAGGACUUACGAGGAAGGGAAGUGCGACGGUCUUCGGAGCAGUACAGACAUUACGAAGUAGAGUCAACGCCACCUAGACGAACAAAGGUAUUUCAUGCUAUGUGGUUGUGUGGUUAG